AUGGUCAAUAGAAACCGUGAUACGAGCAAGUGGUGUGACUUUCACAGAGAUUAUGGCCAUACCACCGAUGAAUGCACACACUUGAAGGAAAACAUAGAGUAUCUAGUCAUGAGAGGGUACAUAAAUCAGUUUAAGCAGCGCGAUGAUCCUCCCAGAAGGAGGGACGAGGAUAGAGUAGGCCGCGCUGACUAUAGAGGGGGUCAUAGGGGUCCCGCUGGGGACAGAGACAGAGUUGGUAAGCCAGAGGGCAGGGUGUAUGUGAUCAGUGGAGGUCUAGUGCAUGGAGGAACAGUUAACAAAGCACGGGCCGAUCUGCGGGCGAUGAUACACCAGAUAAACUACAAUGAGAAGCGUAGAUGGACACCUCUUCCUCCGCAGCCGCGAGCCACGUUUGACGAAUAUGACCAAGAAGGCAUAAUUUACCCUCAUGAUGAUCCAGUGGUAGUGACGAUGAGAAUUGCAAAAUGGGAGGUGGACAGGAUAUUGAUAGAUGGAGGCAGCUCAGCCAACAUUUUAUACAUCAGCGCGUUCAACGAGCUGAAGUUGGACAAGAAGGAUCUGAAAAGGGUGAGUUACGAAGUCACCGGGUUUAAUGGAUCAGGAUUGAAUCCCGAAGGUAUAAUCGAGCUCUCCGUACGGGUAGGGGAGAGGUCAAAAAGGCGUGAUGUUCGAGCAGAAUUCGUUGUGAUAAACUCUCCUUCGCCCUAUAAUGUGAUCAUGGGUAGACCGCUCAUUCACAAGAUAGGCGGAGUGGUAUCCACCUACCACCUCGCCAUGGCUUACACAACUGAUGAAGGGCGGUCAGCAAAGCUCAGGGGAAGCCAGAAGAAAGCUCAGCAAUGUUAUAUAACUUCUCUAAAGCAGCCUGCAAAGACAAGGCAGCAGCCAACCUUAGAACGGAGGCCCGCUAAGCAGGCUUAG